ACUCUUAACUAAAUGUUUGUGUGAAGGUAUGAGAUAAUGGAUGGUGCUCCAGUUCGUGGAGAAUCUAUUCCUAUCAGAGUUUUCUUAGCAGGGUAUGAUCUGACCCCAACUAUGCGUGAUAUCAACAAGAAGUUUAGUGUCCGCUAUUAUCUAAACCUUGUCCUGGUAGAUGAAGAAGAUCGUAGAUAUUUCAAACAACAGGAGAUAACACUUUGGAGGAAAGGUGAAAGAUCACGGAAACUUCCUCUCUCCGGGUCCCUCUAUCAACAGCAGCAUGCUCUGGCUCGACAUACUGCUGGAGAAUUCCCAACCGAGGGUAUCCGUACUGCCCCCACUCCCUCUCUUCCCCCAACACCAUGCCUGGAUUCUCAAUCAGGGUUUCCUGGACAGAGAAACCCGGAGCCAGAGCAGGAUCAUGAUAAUAAUCAGCAGAAGGAUGGUUCUACGGAGAAGGAGCAGGAGGACGGUUCUACGGAGCAGGUGCAGGAUGAUUGUUCAACGGAGCAGUCUUCAAAAGAAGAUUCUUCUGCUCAGGGAUCGACAGAACCUAGUUCUAUAGAUAAAGGUUCUCCAGAGAAGUCUGGAGCUGAGAACUCGGAAACCUGGAACGGAGAAAAGUCCCGGACGGAGAUAGAUGAUGAAACGUCUCAGGGCGGAGCUCCGCCUGAUAUUGUGAGUGGAACCCGGGAUCUGACAAUACAGGACGGAGAAGAGGAUACGGAUAGCACCAAGGAUCUUGAUGUUGUAUCAGGGGGCGGUGGACCCCCUGCCACACCCCCUGAAAUGCUUGAUACUCCCCCGGAUAUGCCGAGUACGCCCCCGGAUAUGAUUGAGGUUCCCUCCUCUCCGGAUUUUGAUUUACCGGAUGCCCCCGAUUCAGAACCCGGAUCCCCACAGAUUGAGAAAAAGAGUGUAAAUAUGAACCCUAAGGUGGCCGAAUGUCUCUGAUUUAAUGUGUUUCUUGUUUUCCUUCAGCAGCUGUACUUGAGAACCAGAAACCAGGGUUUACUUCCUUCUCAGUCAUUAAUCAAGUUUUUAUGUUUAAAAGUUGCCGAGACAUUGAUCAAUUUUACCCAAAUCAGUUAGGAUAUCUUGAUUCUUGAUCAAUUGUUAAACUGUUGAGGAUCAGGGUCAGUUUAAUUGACCGUGAUAGAUUUAACGAGCAAUUUUCAUCAAUUUAAAUGUUGGAUAUCUUAAUCAAUUUAUAUGUUAUAAUUGAUUUUGGUUAAUAUUUCCGAAAUGUGAUGCCUAAUUUCGUCGAAUUGAUUUUGUUAAGUUAAUUGAAAAUAAGGUGUUGCACGGAUACAUGAUAAUUCAAGAAUCAAGAUUAAUAUUUAAGAUUUUUCUAGUUUAACCGGUUUUUAUCACUUAUGAUGAUUUAAGUUUAUUUUUCUUUAGAUUUUCAUGAUGUAUCCUAUUCCCAAAAAUCUGGUGAAAUGUCAAUUAAAUUAUGUCUGAACACGCAUACAGUGAACUAAUUUGAAUCUGAUCGAUAAGUUUAAAUUUACAAAAUGUUACACCAUUCCUCAAUUGUAUUUUAUAAAAGAUAUUGACAUCCGAUAGAAAAUAUUUUCCUGUCCCCCCCCCCUCCCCCAAAUAGCUUUAGGCAUUAUCUGUGAUCGGUAUUCGGUCGAGGGGUUCGUCCCAAUAAUUAUUUCAAGAUUAAGUCCGUUAACACUGUAAUAUUAG